AUGGCUUUCGGAUGGUUGUUGAAGGGUCAGAUGUCGGUGAGGACCCUCUCUCUCAUCCUCACGGGUAUGCUCCUUUAUUUUGUCCUUCAGCAAACUCUCUCUCCUUUUGACAGGCAGUCAUCAUCUGAUCACACAAUACCACUGCAGUUCUCUAUUGACCUGCCUGGCUGCUCGGCUAUCAUCAGUGGGGAUGUAGAGAGCAAGAAGAACGAAUUGGAAGUGCUUCUGGCAUCCAGGAAAAGACAGAGUUUUUUAUCUGAGGACUUCUACCUCAAUGUGACAAAAGACUGCCCAGCUUACAUUGAAAAGAGAGGUUUCAUGACAGUGCUGCUCAGUGAAGAGGAGAGGGAUUUUCCCAUUGCCUACUCCAUGGUGAUUCAUGAGAAGAUUGAGAUGUUUGAGCGACUUCUACGAGCUAUUUACACUCCUCAGAACAUCUACUGUGUGCAUGUGGACCAGAAAUCCUCCAAAGAAUUUCAGAAGGCUGUGGAGGCAAUUAUCUCCUGCUUUCCUAAUGUUUUUGUAGCCAGUAAAUUAGAAAAUGUGGUAUAUGCCUCAUGGUCCAGAGUGCAGGCAGAUUUGAACUGCAUGAAAGAUCUGCUGAGCUCACAUGUCCAGUGGAGGUACCUGCUCAACACCUGCGGGACAGACUUUCCCAUCAAAACCAAUAGAGAGAUGGUUCAGGCUCUGAAGGCCCUCAAUGGGAGAAACAGCAUGGAGUCUGAGGUCACCAAUGACUACAAGAAAGGCCGCUGGCAGUAUCAUCACAAUGUCUCUAACACAGUCAUCAGGACAAGUGAGAGGAAAAGUCCUCCACCCAUUAGCAGCCCCAUGUUCCAAGGAAAUGCUUACUUUGUGGUCACAAGAGCCUUUGUAAAACAUGUCAUGCAGGACAGAGAGGUUCAGACAUUUCUGGAGUGGGAGAAGGACACAUACAGCCCAGAUGAGCACUUGUGGGCCACACUAACGAGGAUGCCUUCUGUUCCCGGAUCAGUGCCUGCCAACAUUAAGUAUGACAUGUCAGACAUGAAUGCCAUUGCUCGUUUGGUAAAGUGGAGCUAUUUAGCAGGAGAAAUGAAAAAUGGAGCCCCGUACUAUCCUUGCACUGGGGCUUACAGAAGAGCUGUUUGUGUGUACGGUGCUGGCGACCUCCAGUGGCUCCUCACACAACACCACCUCUUUGCAAAUUAGUUUGAUCCCGAGGUUGAUGACACUGCUAUUAGAUGUUUGGAGUCAGUUCUGCGUUUCAAGGCUUUAGGUAACGGCCAGUUAUUAACAGAUCAAUAUGCCACCAUUUUGUAAAGCUUUUAAUCAUUUGAAAUGUAAAAUAACAUUAUAGAAACCAUAUUUAUUUAUUAUCAAAAAUUAUGGAUCUUCUGAUGAAAUGUAUUGAAAUAUUCUAUUGCUAUUAAGUCAUU